AUGUCUGGUGAGCCGGUCGACUACGCACCUCCACAGUGGAGUGGCGAACAAAGAAAGGCUGCGACUAUCUUUCAGCCUGACAUCGAAAGAUAUGGUAAGAAUAAUGAGUUCGGAUUUGAUGACGCCUCUAUUAGGGCAGGGUUCGUCCGAAAGGUUUUCGCCAUCGUCACAAUUAUGUGUCUGAUUUGCAUACUCAUGGUGACACCUGUUGUUGUAAACACGGAACUGAGGGAGCUCAUGAUCAAAAACAGUUGGAUCUACCUCCUUGCAUUGUUAGUCUUCACUAACCGUUAUGACCAUGAGAUGAAAGCUGCUAAAAUGAGCGUGGUUGUAGAACAACCCACGGCAAGAAAAAUCCGAGGUCCGGGUGAAUGA